UUGCACAAAUCCAUCAGCUGUUUGAUUGAUGACGUAAUUCCAGUUUCGUUGUAAACAAUAAACGUGCCGGUGCACUUGCACAACAAUGAAAUGUGCAAUUUAGAUCAUAAAGUCCAAUUAAACAAUGUAAAACAAGGAGAAAUAUUUCACUAUUCCAUCAUUUUGCUCAAAGGCGAACUCACAAAUCCAAGCUGCAAUGGAAAGCUGCAUAUAGUUGCCAACAAUAAUCAACCAGUUCCAUUCUCGUUCGCCGUAGAGAAGAAAGACGAAGGUAAUGUUACGGGCAAGCAAGAAAUUCGUCAAAAAUUUCGUGUUUUACUAAGAUUAGUGGAUGGUGAAAACGUGUACAAGGUGCUGUAUUGUAAUACGAAAAUAACCAUUAGCUUAACGUACACCGCUUCGGACACUCAUUUUACGGUGGUGCCACUGUACAUCAUCUGCAAAGGACACAACGGGCGAUAUCAGUCGCAUGAACAGGAUUACCAUAAUGAUAGUGAUCAUGCUUGUAGGAAAAUAACGCUAGCCAUCGAACUGUUGCAGUGUUUGUAUGCCGAAAAGCUACAUGAACAUGGUUUUGGUCGAAAAACAUUUACAUUCGAAUCUUCCUGCAAACCGUUCCACUCUGCACUGGAAUGGGAACGAUCGACCACCAUGACGGAGGGUGAACUUUGGGAUCAGUUUGCUACGGAGCUCGUGCAAACCAAAUGCUACGACAUGCAGCGUGUAAAGGUUGUCGGAUUUCUCAGCAGCACACACUUCGAAGGCAUCUCCGAUGGGGAUUACUCGUAUGAGAACAUCCGGACGAAAACUACCGGCCAUGCUGCACUCGGUGGUGGUGGAUUGGCUCUUUUUGGCACGGGUUGUCUCUACACGUGGCCAUCAUCGCUGGAGGCAGUUUGUGCUGCAUUCACCAGCCAGCAACCGGUUGACUGUGGCAAGCUGUUGGAUGACAGUAACUACAGACGCACGUAUGGCGGCUGUUUUGCCACAACACUCGGUUCCGUUUGCCAUGAAAUGGGUCAUACAUUCGAUCUUGGUCAUACACCCGAUAGUUCCAUCAUGGGCGAUGGAUUUGAUGCUAUUGAUAAUGUGUUUGUUGGCCUGUACGGUCGCCAUAGUGCGAAUGGACCAAAACGUAUCAUCGACACCAAACCACACGGUCUGGCUGGUAGGCUUACCCAGCUCAAGCGUCCAGGUGACGUGUUACGGCAACGGUUAGAUGCGAAGCAAAACGAUAGUGUCUUUUUUGCGCCCAUUAGCGCAAUGACGCUUAGCUACCAUCGGUGGUUCAAUCGGGCAAAGAGUUUAAGCGGAAUGCUGCAUUUCGAUAACAUCACCAGAACGGUCACAUGCAACGGUGGUUCGAAAAUCGUUCUGGCGGAAUUACGCUCGCCAGAGAAUGGUAUGAUGCAUAAAUGUUGGACCUUUCCAGAGGGACAGUCACAGGCAAGCACAUUUACGCUUCCAAAGCUACCGAACCUUCAGCACCUUAUGUUGUUUGUAAUGGAUACUGAUGGUAAUAUUCUCAAAGAAAAUCUUAGCAGUAUUAGCUCAGGACAAAAAUGUGAUUAAAUAAAACAUAAUACAUACAAUCCAUAUAGGAAACACUAGCAAUCUAUUCAUGCUAUAGUAAUGGGGAAAACAAUUGAAGUAAUGGUUCUAAAUAACGCUAUAUUAUAAUGAUGACUGUAAAUUGCUCCCGGAUUGCAGGUAGCAUUGGCAAGAUUUGCUGAUAAGAGAAGUAAUUUCAAAUUAGUGCUUUACAUUUAUUAAACUGUAAGCUGCUGCUGCUGGCAGUUCCGUUUGUUUACUCCUUCCUUUCUGACCGUCAUCAAUCGUACCGAAAUUAUAUGGAUUAACGUAUCUCACACGUCUUUUCCC